AAAAAAAAAAAAAUUUCGCCUCCUCUAAUUAUUUGCUUUGGUUCCACCACUGUCCUUAUAUUUGAUCUGGAAAUACACCGUAUUUGCACCUCGAAUCAUUAUUAUCUUGCUAAGUCAUUUCCAUGUCAGAAAUUUUGAAUAAUUAAAAAAGGAAUGUCCAAAUAUGUGGUUACCAAAUUAAGAUUCAUUAACAAUAUCGCCAACCGAGUUUAGCAAUUUUCUAAUCCGAUGCGAUUAAUUUGAUUAUUACUCUGAUCCCAUAAUAUAUAUAGAGCACAGAAUCCAAGGAGAAAGAAUAUCCAAAAUUCAAUAUUCUUUUCCUAUUUUUAUUUUCUUGACCAAACACCAUGACAAGAAAGAAAGUGAAGCUUGUUUACAUGAGUAACGACUCUGCGAGAAGAGCAACAUUCAAGAAAAGGAAGAACGGGCUAAUAAAGAAGGUGAGUGAGCUAACCACUCUUUGCGGGAUUGAUGCAUGUGCAAUCAUUUACAACCCUUACGAUUCACAACCAGAAGUUUGGCCUUCUCCUUCAGGGGUCCAAUGUGUAUUGGCUCAAUUGAAGAACAUGCCUGAGAUGGAGCAAAUCAAGAAAAUGGAGAGCCAAGAAAGUUUUAUUAGGCAAAGAAUAUCCAAGUGCAAUGAACAACUCAAGAAACAAAUAACAGAAAACCACAAAAAGGAGGUGACUAAACUCAUGUUUCAAGGAUUAACCGGAAAGAUUGUCCUAAACAACUUGAACAUGACGGAUUUGAAUGAUCUUGGAUGCUUGAUCGAUCAAAACUUAAAAGAGAUUUAUAUAAAGAUUGAAACACUUAAGAAACAGCGUAAUACUGAUAACAAAAUUUCACAGACGGUUGCUCCAGCUUCAUCACUGCUGCUGCCGCCACAGUCGGGGGUGGCUAGACCUAGCGGCGGAGAGGUUGGGAGGCUGCAGAAUAAUAAUUUUGAGGUGAUGAACAGUAAUAAUAUGGAUGCUAUGCAAAGGCAAGAAUGGAUUACUGAUUGGAUCGACCCACAAGAACAUAUGGUGUUUGGUGAUGAUGAGAUGAUGAUCCCUUUUGGGGAUAACAUUAAUCAAAAUUCUCUUUGGUCUAAUGCUUUUUUCCCAUGACGAUGGACGAUUCUCAUUAGGGUUUUACAUGUCUAGUAAUGUUGUCAAGGGAUAUUGUUAAAUUUGGUGCAUUUUGAUUAUGUUUGAUAAUGUUAUAAUUGGAACACAUUUUUAUUUUGCUUUCUAAUUUCCUUCUGUAAUAUCUGUUGCAGCUUAAUAAUUGAACCUUGAUAACUAAAUCAAGGUCAUGUUCAUCAUGUAU